CCCCCGGCGCAGACGGCGCGAGAUGGCGACGGCGCAGAAGGCGGUGGCGGCUCCGGGGGGCAGCGGCCCCGACCCGGACACGCAGCUGGACGAGGAGGCGGCGCGGUGGCUGCGCUGGGACCAGAAUCCUUUAACUUUGCAGUCAGUGAAACAACUAAUUGCAGAAGGAGAUAAAGAAGAACUGCAAAGAUGUUUUGGGGCCCGCAUGGAGUUUGGGACAGCUGGCCUGCGGGCACCUAUGGGCGCAGGAAUUUCUCGUAUGAAUGACCUAACCAUCAUCCAGACUACGCAGGGCUUGUGCAGGUACCUGGAAAAACAGUUCAGUGACCUGAAGCAGAGAGGUGUUGUGAUCAGCUUUGAUGCACGAGCUCAUCCACCCAGUGGAGGCAGCAGCAGAAGGUUCGCCCGACUUGCUGCAACCACAUUUAUCAGCCAAGGGGUUCCUGUGCACCUCUUCUCCGACAUCACCCCAACCCCCUUUGUGCCCUACGCAGUAUCCCAUCUGAAACUUUGUGCUGGAGUCAUGAUCACCGCCUCUCACAAUCCGAAGCAGGAUAAUGGUUAUAAGGUCUAUUGGGAUAAUGGAGCCCAGAUCAUCUCUCCACAUGAUAAAGGGAUUUCUCAAGCUAUUGAAGAAAACCUGGAGCCAUGGCCUCAAGCGUGGGAUGAUUCCUUAAUCGAUGGCAGUCCGCUUCUUCAUGACCCAAUGACUUCCAUCAACAGUGCCUACUUUGAAGACCUUAAAAAAUACUGCUUUCACAGAAACAUCAACAGGGAGACCACAGUAAAGUUCGUGCACACCUCCGUCCACGGCGUGGGUCACGCCUUCGUGCAGUCGGCUUUCAAGGCUUUUGACCUUGCGCCCCCUGAGGCUGUUCCGGAGCAGAAAGAUCCUGAUCCCGAGUUUCCCACCGUGAAAUACCCAAAUCCUGAAGAGGGUCAAGGGGUCUUGACUUUAUCCUUUGCUUUGGCUGACAAAACCAAGGCCAAAAUCGUUUUAGCAAAUGACCCAGAUGCUGACAGACUGGCUGUGGCGGAGAAGCAAGACAGUGGUGAAUGGAGAGUGUUUUCAGGCAAUGAGCUCGGGGCCCUCCUGGGCUGGUGGCUGUUUACUUCUUGGAAAGAGAAGAAGCAAGAUCACAGUGCCCUCAAAGACACGUACAUGCUGUCCAGCACCGUGUCCUCCAAAAUCCUGAGGGCCAUUGCCUUGAAGGAGGGUUUUCAUUUCGAGGAAACACUCACUGGCUUUAAGUGGAUGGGAAACAGAGCCAAGCAGCUAGCAGACCAGGGGAAAACUGUGUUAUUUGCGUUUGAAGAAGCUAUCGGAUACAUGUGCUGCCCUUUUGUUCUGGACAAGGAUGGAGUCAGUGCCGCUGUCAUAAGCGCAGAGCUGGCCAGCUUUCUAGCAACCAAGAAUUUGUCUUUGUCUCAGCAGCUAAAAGCCAUCUAUGUGGAGUAUGGCUACCAUAUUACAAAAGCUUCAUAUUUUAUCUGCCAUGAUCCAGGCACCAUUAAAAAAUUAUUUGAAAACCUUAGAAACUAUGAUGGGAAGAAUAAUUAUCCAAAAACUUGUGGCAAAUUUGAAAUUUCUGCCAUUAGGGACCUUACGACUGGCUAUGAUGAUAGCCAAUCUGAUAAAAAAGCCGUCCUUCCGACCAGCAAAAGCAGCCAAAUGAUCACCUUUACCUUUGCUAAUGGAGGCGUGGCCACCAUGCGGACCAGCGGGACAGAACCCAAAAUCAAGUACUACGCAGAGCUGUGCGCCCCUCCUGGAAACAGUGACCCAGAGCAGUUGAAGAAAGAAUUAAAUGAACUAGUCGAUGCCAUUGAAGAACAUUUUUUCCAGCCACAAAAGUAUAAUCUGCAGCCAAAGGCAGAAUAAAAUAUUCCAGCCUUGGGCAUAAGUACAUUUACCUCCAAUCAAGCGCAACCUGAUAAGGAGUCGUUUUGAGGGCUGAAUGAUUCAAAUUAUCACUAUUAGUAUUUAUAUCUUUUAGACAGAUCUGUAUUACUCAUUGUCUUAGUUUGAUCUUUAAGGUUAAUAAAAAGAAAGAGCAAAACCUAACAAACCAACAUUCCUUUAAAAAUGUUGAGCAAGGACCUAUCUGAAUUUUUCAAAAUAACUUUCAAAAAUAGGUCAAAUUAAUAUGCCUUAACUUACAUAAAUGGAUGUCUUCCCUGUAACUCUUCUUAUGUAUAGUUGAAACAGAAAAUCUGUGUGAUUACUAAACUCCCAACUGCCAUGUGUAGGAUUGCCACGUUUUAGGUAUAUUUACUGUGAUGUUCCCAUCAGUUCCUUAGGAGUCAAAAGAAAUGAAUAGAUCAAACGUGUUCAUGUUCAGGGAAAAGGUAGUUCCUAGGAACAUGUAAAGUGGAGCAAAAGAUAAUUUAAAACAGUAACUUUCUUUAAGCUCUAUCGUUUUGUUCUAAUCAUAUGCCACUGUGUGUUACACAUAUGGUAGGAGAAGCAGCUUCCCUGUGUUUUAUUUGUUGAUGCUCAUUUUCUCUCUUUAAGUCUUGGGAACCAAACAGUGAUUUGUAAUUCGGGAAGUCGUUUAUUUGUUCAGUUUUUUUGCUUAAGCACAAUUUAAUGUAAUUCUCGGACGUGAGCAGUUACUACUCGCUUCACCCUGAAUUUGUCACAUUGUUCUUCUGUGAUCAGAAAUGUAGACUGCCUUUUCCACGCCUGUUUUUCAAUCUGUGCCUUUACCUCAUGGUUCAUUGCCAUACAGCCUUUCAAAGUGACUCCAGUGGCCGUGAGCUAGGAGCAAACUGUUCCUUGUACAUUUAUGUAUUUUCCAUCCAUUUCUACUUUUAAAGCGAAUGAUUACAAUUUUAUUAUUACAAUCAAGCCAAAUGUUUAUUAACAGUUCUGGAAUAAUAGAAAAUCAUAGUCCUAUUGGCAAUCUUUUUUCUAAAGUGAAGGGAAAAUGGUUUUCUACCUUAAUGAUACACAGUUUGUGUCCUGCCAGAAGUGCCAAGCCUACAAGAGCCAGUAUUUUCUAUCAGCUCCUCCUGGAGAAGCUAUAUUUUUUUUUAUUUAAAAUGCUUUCUAGUCUUAAACUGUACUCUAGCAAAAAGAGAUGUUAGAUCCGUGUCCUCUAUGGACCUUUUUUAAGCAUGUACCCCAUGCCCCAUCACAGAGUUAAUUUCUAGAAAUACAGAAAGACCCAUCCCACCGUGCUGGAAUUCAGGGUCUAAUUGCUGGGCCAGUGGUAGCAAUCAUACUUAGAAAUUUUGUACUAGAGUUACUUGCAAGAUUGUGGGGAGGGAUUCAUUCUGCCCAGAGGGUGCUUCGUAUCCUAGGGUGAGGUUGCCCUCGUUCAGCAUCAGGGGCGGGUAGCAGCUGAGGAUGGAGCAGUCUCCCAAGCUUGGAGCAGUGCACAGGUGCACACAGAUGAGGGUUUAGGGCAGAGGGAGAUGAUGAAGGCAGAGCCCAGAAUAUACUUCUGGAUGUACCCCUCCUCUCUGCCAUGCAUAGGAGCAGGCAACUCCACUGGACCUAGACGGGAUUCCCCCCACCCCAAAGCUGUUUCUCACCCACAUUCCUAAGAAAGAGCAUGCAUGGGUGCCCGUUAAGCAUUUCUUAAUGUCUGCCUGUUAUGGGAUGUGGGGGUAGCACCGGGCGGUGCAUCAACACUAAGGCCCCUGGGUUUUAAUCCGUUGAAUCUGUGACCUUGAUUAAGUCUCAACCUCUCAAAACCUCAAUUUUGUCUUUUGUUUCAAAGACUUUUUUAGGGCAGUUACAGUUUCACAGCAAAGUUGAAAGAUACAGAGAUAUUCCAUAUGCCCGUGUCCCCCACUUUAUCAGUGUACCCCACUAGAGGAUAUACGUGUUACAGUUGCUGACCCAGCACCCACCAUUGUCCCCCAAACCAUGGAGACAAGAAGAUCUGUGGUUGAGGCAUGGGGAGGGAUGAGUAGGCAGAGAGCCUAGGAUUCUGUGCAGUAAAACACUCCGGGUGACAUUGUAAUGACAAGCACUUGCUUUGUGCAUUUGUUCAGACCCAUUCAAUGUACAGCACUGAUAGUGAGCCUGACAGAAACUGUGGGCUUUGGGUGAUGUUUUGACAUUUUUUUAAAUAAAGAAAUGUUUCUCAGUGACCUCUGAGGUCAUUUCACACUGUGGGUCUCUAA